GUUUCGUAAAACGCGAUACAUACUUUAUAUUUUUGUUUUGAGGUCAUUACAUUGCACACGAUUUUAUCCGAUGCGCGACCGAACGAUAUACGAACGUCAUCCGAAACAGAAAGAAGGGCGAUGUUGAACAUAGCGAAGAUAGACAGCUGUCGUUUCAUUUUCAGCUGAUUUUUGUGUACGCUAAAGAGCAGAGCGAGGGUGUCGUAGGAACAAUCGAGAAACGUUUACCAUCGAACAAAGGGAGAUGGUUCAUUGAGCGCGGGCGGCGGGCAGCGGGCGUGACGUCACGCCGCGACGAGGCCGAUGCGGCGGGUAUCGUGACCGGAGGAGCGCGGCGAGCACGCGCAGCGGAGCAGGCCAGCCUGGCCUCCAGUGACUCCGGGGACGAGGGCCAACGGCCGCCGCGCAAGCGGACGCGCAGGCUGUCGCCGGAGCCUACUAUGCAUCAGCCGUGCACCAACGGCGCUCACCUCAACGGUGACGCCGCUCGGAAUGGAGACCUAUCGCCAGGUCUUCGCAUGGGCCAGACUGACCAGGAAAUUGUCCGUCUCAUUGGGCAACAUCUCCUAUCUGUUGGACUUGAGCGCAGUGCAUCGUUGCUGAUGGAGGAGUCAGGACUGCACUUGGAGCACCCGGCGGCCGCCACGUUUCGGCAGCACGUGCUGGCCGGCGACUGGGUGAAGGCCGACCAUGACCUGGGUGUCCUGCACGAUCUGCUGCGCGACUCGCCGCACGUCGACACGCAUAAUCUCUCUGAGAUGAAGUUCGUGGUUCUGGAACAAAAGUACCUGGAGCACCUCGAAGCGGGACGCGUGCUGGACGCGCUGCACGUGCUGCGGAACGAGCUGACGCCGCUGCAGCACGACACGCCGCGCGUGCACCGCCUGUCCGCGCUCAUGAUGUGCGCCGACGCGGCCGAGCUGCGGGCGCGCGCGCACUGGCCGGGCGGGCCGCCCUCGCGCGCCGCCGUCCUCGCGCGCGUGCAGGCCGUGCUGCCGCCCGCGCUGAUGAUGGCGCCGGGCCGGCUGCGCGCGCUGCUGGCGCAGGCGGCGGCGCAGCAGGCCGCGCGCUGUCGCUUCCACGCCGCGCCGCGCCCGCCGCUCGCGGCCGCCGUCCCCGCCGCCGCUGCCACGACCACCACGGUCGCGGUCCCCGCGCCGUCCGUGGACCCCAUCCCCUUCUCUCUGCUCGCAGAUCACCACUGCUCCGCCGAUCAGUUUCCUAUACAUUCACUGCAGGUGCUAAACGAACACUGCGACGAGGUGUGGUACUGCAAGUGGUCGCCCGACGGCUCCAAGCUGGCGUCGGGCUCGAAAGACAAUACCGUCAUGAUAUGGGAUUUUGACCCCAUAGCCAAGCGGCUCUCCUUCAGAAAGUCCUUGGAGGGUCAUUCAUACGGCGUGUCAUAUCUAUCGUGGAGUCCCGACGGCCGCUACCUCAUAGCCGCCGGGCCCGAAGACUGUCCCGAUCUCUGGAUUUGGAAUAUGGAGACGGAGCAGCUACACUUGAAGAUGACGCACUCGCAGGAGGACUCCCUGACGGCGGUGGCGUGGCACGCCUCGUCCGACAAGUUCGUGUGCGGCGGCGCGCGCGGACAGUUCUACCACUGCAGCCUCGACGGCACGCUGCUCAACAACUGGGACGGCGUGCGCGUGAACGCGCUGGCGUGUCGCGGCGACGGCAAGGUGCUGGCGGCCGACACGCACCACCGCGUGCGCGCCUACGACUUCGCCGACCUCACCGACCGCAACCUCAUCCAAGAGGAGCACGCGGUGAUGGCGAUGACGCUGAACGCGGCGGACUCCCUGCUAUUGCUCAACGUGGCCAACCAGGGCGUGCACCUCUGGGACAUACGUGCGCGUGCGCUGGUGCGUCGCUUCCGCGGCCUGUCGCAGGGACACUUCACCAUACACGCGUGCUUCGGCGGAGCGCACCAGGACUUUAUCGCAUCCGGCAGCGAGGACAAUAAGGUGUACAUCUGGCACGUGGGCGGGGAGGAGCCCAUCGCGGUGGUGUCGGGGCACACGCGCUGCGUCAACGCCGUGGCGUGGAACCCGCGCCACCACGACGUGCUGGUCUCCGCCUCCGACGACUACUCGCUGCGACUGUGGGGCCCGCGCGCGCACCAGCACUAGCGACCGCCGCCCCACCACCACACCACCACCACACCACCGCCCGACCGCCGCCCGACUGACAUCCGCCCGCCGCGGUGCGAGCUUUUUAAACUACAGUUGAGAGAAGAUUAUUUUUAAAAUACCGGAGCAAUUACUCACAGCAACCGAAUAAUCCAGUCAACUAUACCUAUAAUACGAUACAGAGUAGGAACGAGUGGUUAGUGCCGACUUACGACUCCUGUAUAGCAGAUGUAUUUUAUUACGAAUGUGGUUUACUUUGUUCAGGAACAUUCCUUGAAUCAAGGAUGACAGUCUUAUAGAGAUCAAUUAUGAAGAGAAUAUUCGAGUUGAUUAUAAAAAUUAUCGUCACGAUUAUUAUAUGUUAUUCAAUGAAGUGUUGUGCGGUUAAUGUCCUUUCAUGUGAUAGAAAAUAUUAGAUGGUUUUAUAUUAAAUAUAAUUAAUUUGUUUACGGUACUGAAAAAAACACAUCAAUGUUUAAUAUUUUGUCUCUACAACAGUAUUUAUUGUUGUACUGUGAUGUGGGUUUUGUACUCCAAUGAAAAUAUUUAUAUUUUGAUAUACGAAUGAAACUGUGUACUUAAUUUUCUUUUAUCGCAGGAGGCGAUAAGCAUUUUAAACUAUCACACUUUUAAAUUCCUUUAAAAAUUGUUCAAUGAUAGAUGUGAUGUUAUUAUGAUGAAAAUUCUCAAUGAAAAGGAAACCUUUAUAAAAUAUAUCAUUGUUGUGUGCAAUGCGAGUGCCAUUUCAAAGUGCAAUAAUAUCGGUUUUUCCAUUAUAUUUCGAAAAAUAAUGCUGAGUACACACCGACGAUGUGCACACAGGUUUUAUUGGAAUCGACGUAAAUAGUCGAGAUAAACCUUACAGGGGAUUUGUUCAUAUGACAAGUAUGUUAAGUUUAACUCGGCGAGAUGUCGAACAUGAAUAUUAGAAAAUUUAAGGUUGUGUCAGACGAAUGUCCUCGAAAGUCGUAUUUUGUUACGUGGUUUGUUUAUUAGAGUAGACAGACGCGGGGCGGCCGCGUCCGCGUGAGUAGGUUAGUUAGAAUAAGCUUUCUAUAUCAAAAUUUAUGAACUGAUGGUAUAUUUCAUAAUUGCGACAGAAUGACGUUUUUUAGUGUGUUUGGUUAAUUAUGAGAAUAAGCCUUCUAGCCGUCACACUCGCUUCGGACGUAAGGCUCGGUGCGCACUGCGUGUAAGCGCCAUCGCCAUUAACGUUUCGCUAGUGCGGAUCAGCCUUACUGUCAUAUUGAAGAUAUAUGAGAUGUCUAUUGAAGAUUGGUUUUAUAAGUUAGCGAGCGAUGAGCACUCGAGCUUGGAGUGAUAUCUUUGAAUGCAAUACUAUAGCUCUAACGGUGUUAUGUAUUAGUGCGUUAAGUGAUUUAAUAUAGAGUCGGCGCGCCGCGACCCGCGCUCACAGGAACGAACUUAGAAUAAUAAUGUAAGACUGUACUAUAACUAUCGACGGUUACACCACCACCACCACCACCACCACUAACACUGUGAAUCUCUCUCGAGGUUGUCUGCCGGCGGGCCGUUGCAAGGACCGACACGAAACGUCCGAAUGAUGAUGAUGACAUGUUGUUAUCGUAUUUAGUUCUAUGUACAUAAUGCCUAAAUUGUAAGGUAUGAAAAUAUCACCAUUCGCCAUCCUCGGCGUCCACACUUCCCUCUAGCGCCGCCCUCACAAGAUAUCACGCUGUCAGUAAUUCAAUAUAGAUUUUUGUAUUCUUUGAUUGAACGUCCAAAGCUGAUGUAACUAAUAAAUCGCUUUAAUUGUUACGAACUCCGGGACCACACAUACACACCACACUCCCUAAUACGAACAAACUCCCAUCGCACCUAAAAAAAUUUAAAGAGUCCAUCGAGGCCUAUUUACCGAAUUUACAAUCUGUGAUUUUAGAAUAUUUCCUAAAUUUCCCGGCACAAUAUAAAUCAUAAAUUAGUAUCGCGAAAUUGAAACGACCCAUGGGUGUAGGACGAGGCCAUGUCCGCCGGCUGUCGAGACGGCGUCCGGAGUUCGCGUUCGUACCAAAUAUCAGACGAUAGUUGCGUGAGUGUUGUGUGUAGAAGUACAAAGCGCGAUCGAUAAUAAAUAACCUAACGUUAGUAUAGAGUAGGAGGUGGCGAUUGUUAUAAAUAAUUAUUAUAUAUCAAUAAAUUUUUUAUCGUAAAAA